ACCCGAAGAACGACAGCGCCAGAGCACAGGGCCACAAAACCAAAGCUCUCACAUUACCAGGUCGAUGGCGGAUACCAUUUACAGGUUCUGCAACACAUCAGAGAUCAUUCUCACCUUAGAAGCCGCACAUUCACCUUCGUCUCACCUUGCGUUUCAAGAUGUUCGGAAUCGCCUGGGAUGAGCAAGCACAGCAGCGCCUUGCUGAGGAACAACGGAAAAAGAAGGAACUUGGACUUGGAAGCCAAGAUGGCAGGAGUGUGAUUGGAUCGGCCAUCACACGACGUUCCUCCUCUACAGCGGACAAGUCUGGUGCCACGAGUAACUCAAAGGGUAGCGCUGUAUCGAGGCUUAAGAGGGCCUUCCUAGGCACACGUCUGUCCGACAAAUCUGACGACAAGCUGCGGCCAAGCUCUUACUACGCCCCCUCCUCGAGGCUGUCCUCCAUCUUUGCCGAUAACAACUACACCACUUCCGGCAACUCAGACCAACUGGUUAGUACUGAUGUCAACCGCACUGACGAGCGUGAUGAGCUAUCAAAGAAGAACGUCGUGGAAGACCAAAGUGAUGAGCUAUCAAAAGAGGAUACCGUUGAAGACCAACCGGCAAAGCCCGCACUGCCAAAGGAAGGCCAAGAAAACACCGCACUGGAAGAACUCGAGGGCUUGAAGACGCCCCCAUCCAAGCCGCCAACUUUCGUCAUCCUCACAACUCCUUCAACACCGGAGGAUGCUGACAACCAUACUUCUACUGAUGAUCCGCCAGCUACAACACUUAUCCAGUGGCUGGACGAAGACUCGUAUAUAACGAGGACAACCACCGUCACAUACGAGUCUCGAGGGGACGCUGACGUAAAUGAUCAGGUAAUCGAAACCACCAUUUCAGCCGAUCCCUCGCCCUUUUCCACGGCCAAGGGCUCAAAACUACGACCUUCGCACCCCAUUGUACGUCCUCCGGCGCCAGCUGCGGGUGACGCGGUUCCAUCAUUCUCAUCUCUUGUCGACAACUGGUUUACCGCACUUCAGGGCCCCAGUAAAGCCGUCUCGCCGAGUCUUCCAAGCGCGAAAAAUAACAACACAUCCGGCUCAAGCCCCUUCCUCAGUACGGCCGAAGCUCAUGAUCCGACCUCAACCCAGGGCUUCCUUCCUGUUCCCGAGAUCCCGGGUCUUCCCCAAAAAUCAAACAAGCUCAGAGUGAAUAACCCGGAUGCCUGGAAACCACCCGACGACUGGGGAUGUCAAUCGACCACGGAGAUGUUGCCAAAGGCCAAUGAGAAGCAGGACAACCUCGAAGUUCCCAAGUACGAAAAAAAGAACAAGAAUCUAGCAAGAAUACAGAAGGACGUCGAGGCUAUGAUCAUUUCCGGCCCAGAGAAGGUUUUAUCUCGCCUGGCGCAAGGAUGGGGCGAGCCGUCCGACACCUCGUCACAUAUGCAAGAGGAGCAAGCUAGAAAGCGCUUGAUGCUUUCGGUGCUCUACGACAUGUGCCGACCUACUACAACUCCGGCGGACAUGGCGAGUCAACCGGACCAAGGCGCUGUUCACGCUCCAGGGCAGAAAAUCCUCGCCCUAUUCGAGUCUGAAGGAACUGCGUCCUACCUAGCUGCGACUUACUCAGACGCCGCGAUCACCCACCUCUCGCUCUCUCCGCUACCACACGACCUAUUCCCAAACGUGCAGCCUCUGUUUGCACCACCCAACAAGGCGUCCAUCUCCUUCGCAGCAGACUCCUUCAACACGGUCUACUGCCUCUCCCUGCCAUCACUGGUACCUGCCCACGAGAUCCUCGAAGUUCUUAAGCAAAUCCACCGCUGCCUCGCUCCCAACGGCAUUCUGCAGCUAGUGCUGCUUGACCCCUUCCCAGUGGCAAGGAGACUCGGCCCUCGGACAAGAAAGUGGUUUGAGAAGCACAUCCUCUCAAACUUGCAGUCACAGUCUCGCUGUGUCAGACCAAGUGCGGUCUUCCCCGGAUUCCUGGAGGAAGCGCAGCUCCGCGUCCGUGAGGAAACAUGUACCAAGACAAAGUUCUUGGCCAUACCCCCGGAUCCCACUGAUGUGUUCACUGAGGACCAGGAGCGCAUUCAGGAGGAGCUCCGAAGCGUCGUGGGCAGAAUGCUUUGGCAGGAGGUUUGGGGAAAGAUGGUUACUGGUGACGAUAACUGGUGGGAUGAUCCCGAGUGUGUUGAGGAGUGUUCCAGGCUUGGAACCUUCUUUGAGUUCAGUCAUAUUGAGGCUGUCAAGCUCGGCGACACCGAGGUUAUGGGGGCCUUCAGCGUCGGUUGCUGAGGUUGAAGUUGGACUAUACUCGAGGCCGCAACUCGAAUGAAGAGGUCCAGCUUGCAGGGUUGUACGACAGUUACCUGAGAACAUUGAGAUUUUUUCACGAGUUCAUUGUUUGUUGUUCAGGGAACU